GUCCGUUGGGCCCCAGGCAGCGGCGGCGGCGGUCAGGGCGAACCGCUCUAGUCGCCUCCUCCCCCCCGGCUCCGCGGAGGGGGGAGGAGGAAGAUGGAGACCCACAUCUCGUGCUUGUUCCCCGAGCUGCUGGCCAUGAUCUUCGGCUACCUGGACGUCCGGGACAAGGGGCGCGCGGCGCAGGUGUGCACGGCCUGGCGGGACGCCGCCUACCACAAGUCGGUGUGGCGGGGGGUGGAGGCCAAGCUGCACCUGCGCCGGGCCAACCCGUCGCUGUUCCCCAGCCUGCAGGCCCGGGGCAUCCGCCGGGUGCAGAUCCUGAGCCUCCGCCGCAGCCUCAGCUACGUGAUCCAGGGCAUGGCUAACAUCGAGAGCCUCAACCUGAGCGGCUGCUACAACCUCACCGACAACGGACUGGGCCACGCGUUCGUGCAGGAGAUCAGCUCCCUGCGCGCCCUCAACCUGAGCCUCUGCAAGCAGAUCACCGACAGCAGCCUGGGCCGCAUAGCCCAGUACCUCAAGGGCCUGGAGGUGCUGGAGCUGGGGGGCUGCAGCAACAUCACCAACACCGGCCUCCUGCUCAUCGCCUGGGGCCUGCAGCGCCUCAAGAGCCUUAAUCUCCGCAGCUGCCGCCACCUCUCGGAUGUGGGCAUCGGACACCUGGCCGGCAUGACGCGAAGUGCUGCGGAGGGCUGCUUGGGCCUGGAGCAGCUCACGCUGCAGGACUGCCAGAAGCUCACCGAUCUUUCUCUAAAGCACAUCUCCCGGGGGCUGACGGGCCUGAGACUGCUCAACCUCAGCUUCUGCGGAGGCAUCUCCGACGCGGGUCUCCUGCACCUGUCGCACAUGGGCAGCCUUCGCAGCCUUAACCUGCGCUCCUGCGACAACAUCAGUGACACGGGCAUCAUGCAUCUAGCCAUGGGCAGCUUGCGCCUCUCGGGGCUGGAUGUGUCGUUCUGUGACAAGGUGGGGGACCAGAGUCUGGCUUACAUAGCGCAGGGGCUGGACGGCCUCAAGUCCCUCUCCCUCUGCUCCUGCCACAUCAGCGAUGAUGGCAUCAACCGCAUGGUCCGGCAGAUGCACGGGCUGCGCACGCUCAACAUUGGGCAGUGUGUGCGCAUCACCGACAAGGGCCUGGAGCUGAUUGCUGAGCACCUGAGCCAGCUCACUGGCAUAGACCUGUAUGGCUGUACCCGAAUCACCAAGCGCGGCCUGGAGCGCAUCACACAGCUGCCCUGCCUCAAGGUACUCAACCUGGGACUCUGGCAGAUGACCGACAGUGAGAAGGUCAGAAUCCUCCACAGCAACAUUCGAGACCAUGGAGAAAGAAACCCAGAGACCUUUAUCAAUUAAUUGUACUGUUUGUGAAUUUGUAUAAAUAAUAACAAAGAUCCUCUUAAAACGUUUAUAUUCUUACAGUAAAAGGUUAAACUGAUAUUUAUAUAAUAAAAGAGGAAAUAUGAAGUAUGUUUUUGAAAAAAAAACAAAAAACACCUUGUAUCUGUGAAUUAUUUUGAAGGCAGUGUGUGUUUGGGUACAUGCCAAAGUCAGAGGUGCUGUUUGUGUGCUUUCAAGUAAAGGAAAGAAGACAUAGACCUCGGGGCGUGCUAUGUGCUGGACUGCUCUGAUUUUGCCUGGUGGAGUUGCCUGUGCCAACCCAGCACACUUGGUACUAUGUAAAGCCAAUUCUUCCCGUUUGGGUGCAUGAGGCAGUAGGCUGGAGACCUGAACUGCACGGCACUAGGAUGGGGUAUGUUUCGCAUUCCCCCCAAUAAAACAACAGAAGUGAAUUCCUCUGCCUGCUGUUCAUUAACGUAGAAAAGUGGACAUUUUUUUAAAAAGACAAGUUUUUAUUAUCUCCUAUUUAAUUAUUUGAAAGGCAAAGGCCACAUAUCCUUACACGUUUGCCUUUCUUUGUGGUAGUGGAAAGUAGUCUCAACUACAAGGAGAAGAAGAAGGUCUCUAGCGGCACAGGUGAGACGGUCAGGGAUGUGAAUGGUCUGCUGGAAGAAGUUAGUCCUAACAGUGUUCAAUCUUUCUGUCUCAAAAUUUUUGUUUUCCCAAAUCUGGCAGAUUAUUGUACAUCUAAUUUCAUAAAUAGGGAAAGAGGCUGGGCAAGGGUGGAAAGAUCCUGCCUGGGUGAUACAAAGAGUCAGUAUCAGAACCUGGGCUGCUCCGGACAGGAGUGAGCACAUCCCGAGGGAUCCAACACCCAGGUAGCGCUUUGAUCUUUCUGAGACAUUGCAAAGCACUGCCCUGAUCCUU